UCGUAGUCAGGGUGAAGUUGGCAGACUUCGGUGUCUUUGACAGCGCAGAGCGAAACCACCAGCUCCGGACUACUUUUCGCUUUUGCUUCUCGGACAUUGAAAGGACUGACAGGCGCUGUGUGCUGCUGUAACCAUGCAGUCUCUACCUGGAGCUAUAUGAGCACAAAAUGAUGAUUUGUUUGCAUCUUCUUCUCCAUCUCCUAUUACUUCUUGAUCCUGUGCUCACUUCCCUUCCUGCUCCAGUUAACCUCAAUAUCAGCUCUGUCAACUUCCACCAUGUCCUGCGCUGGGAUCCGGGGCCCGGCACCCCACCAGGAACGCAGUACAAGAUCAUCAGGAGAGUGAACAAGAAAAAACAAAAACAGCUACCGUACUCAACAGAGACAUUUUAUAUACUGAAGCUUCCACGCUACCAAGUGGAGUAUGGCCUGACUGUCCAGGCGUUCUACAACCAAACCUGGUCUCCAGAGUCCAGCAAACUCUUCUUCACUCCUUUUGAAGACACCAAAAUAGGUCCUCCAGGGGUCUCACUGGCUGGAUGUGGCAACUGCAUCCAAAUCAACAUUUCACUCCCUGAAGCUGAGAAGAGAUCAAAAAUCAUCGAUAUCGAGAAAAUUUACGAUGUUAAAUUCAUAAUCUAUUGGAAGAAGAUUAAAGACACCGACAAAGACAUCGGCAAAGACAGUGACACAAAGACAGCGAAGUGCGUCAUUACAGAAGACAAGAGUUAUACUUUGAGCAACCUACAGACUGGUAUGAAGUUCUGCGUACAGGUGCACAUCGAGAUUAACGUGAACAAACACACUGUGCCAUCUCCUUGGAAAUGCACCUUCACAAGCAUUGUGGAUUCAAGCAAAAACCCUGUUGUUUUAGGUGCUGUUGCUGCUCUUCUGAUUUUUGCUUUCGGCACCCUGAUGACCUCCAUGUUUUGCCUCCACUACACUGGAUUCCUCUGUAAACUGAGGGAAACUCUGCCUGAAGUGCUAAUUGAGGCUCUGAGCCAAGGCUACAUCCUGACACCAGAAAGGAUGAUCCCCAGCAAAAUCUACUUAAGCAUGGAGACAGACAAACCAAGGAGGCACAACAAUCUUCCUCAACCUGCCACUGGGGGCGCUAACUCUGAUGAGGAGGAUGAAGGGGAGGAAGGGGAAAACGCAUACAUGGAAAGAGGCGCAGAGCUUUCCUCGGCUGACAGUUCCUGCCAGGGCUCUGUUGAUGUGUCGGGAACCAGUAAAGAGGCUGCAUCAGGGAACUCUGGGACAGUGGAGGCAGAGGUAGCGGACACAGAGUUUGAACCUGAGGUCACACAUUGGGAGUGUGAUCAAGAAGAUGCUAAAACUGAAGGAGCGAAGGUUUUUAUCAUGUCUGAGGGGGGUCAAACUGAAGUCCAGGGACAUGUCACAGGUGAGGUGCAGGAGGAGGAGAAAGAGGAGGAAGAGGAAGUGUGUAACAGCUCAGGAAACAUCAAUCUGUUCUCAGUCACCCUUGCUGCACUGACUGUAAGUGAGGAAGAAGAGGAGGAAGAGGAGCAGAAUACAAGAGAUUCUCACACAGGCUCUUUAAAACUAUCUGGUCUGGAGCCUCUGCUGCCUGCAGACUCCAAACAGAGUGUGAGACUCACAGAUUCACAAUAUGAGUCAGAUCAGCAGACAGCUGUGGCACUAAUGCCACCGCCACAAGACUCUGCUGUGACUGGCUACGAAGGCAGACAUGAGGACACUUUCUCUGGUUAUCUCAAAAACUGAUGCUGAGACACAGUAUGAAGAGGCACAAGAGGAGGAGGAUGAGGAGAAAGAAUUCUCAGGAUACAUGGCACACUCAUGAUGUGUCAGCUUGUUUCAUUCAACUUCACUCUUAAAUACAGCCACUUUGUCAGCACUGUUGGCUUAAGAUCCCAAGUCAAAAGCCAGCUUUCGUGUCUGCAUGAUACGCUUCUGGAAGGCAUUAGCGAGGACAGAACCAGCUGUGGUGUUGUUGCACGCCAGCAGAUGGCCGCACGGCACUUGCCGCGGCAGCCUGAUGCAUGGAUGGGCAGCGUCAUGUGAGAGCAUGGCUGGAUGUAAGCUGUCCCGUCAGCAUCAUGCACUACAGGAUGGUGUCAUAUUGAAACGCUACUGGUAGCGUAAAUUGGGAAAUUUUGAUGAUACUAGAGUUGCCGAGUUGUGACACUUGUGUGACAUUUCAGCGCAGCACAAAUAGC